CAUUCCUUUGAGCUGCCAAUGGCUAUAGCUCCGCAUACCUGUAUACAUUACAGGGACAUUACAGGAAGACUUUCGAGAAAAGCCAGUCGUUUAUCGGUAGUGACAAAAAAUGACGAAACCUCCGCGUUUGGGAAAACUCCUUCAAGUGGCAGUCGGUCAAGUUAGUUCAAAGAAGAUGGAAGUUGUUUAUAAAUUUGAGGACUAGGAAUCACGCAAGAAAUGGAUGAGUGGAGAUGUUGCAUCUAUUUUCUGCCUGAAGAGCAAAGACAGGCCAUCGCAAUAAGCAAUGAAAUCAAACACAUCCUUGCGGAGCAGAGAAAACGAGACCUCAAAGAGAUAAAAGUGCUUUUAUUAGGCACAGGAGAAAGCGGAAAGACCACAUUUAUGAAGCAAAUGAGGAUCAUUCAUGGAGAAGGUUUUUUAGAAGAUGAGAGGCGUAACUACACUAAACUGGUUAUACAGAAUAUCUUCACAGCUAUGAAGGCAAUGACACAGGCCAUGUCCACCCUAAAGAUUCCAUACGUCAACCCACAAAAUGAGGUAUAUGCCCAGAUGUUCAAAUGCCUUGAUGAUCAGGAUAUUUAUCGGAUAGUUCAGAUUCAAAGAGGUCAUGUGGAGGCUAUCCGACAUCUUUGGGACGAUAAAGGCUUCAAGAUCUGCUACAGUCGACGUGGAGAGUAUCAGCUUAUAGAUUCCACUAGUUAUUUUAUUAAGAACUUGGACCGCAUCGCGGCUGAAGCCUAUAUCCCAACAGAUCAAGAUGUUCUACAAGUCCGAUUCCCCACCUCCGGUAUCACAGACCACUGCUUUAAUUUGGAUAAGAUCGGACUUAGGAUUGUAGAUGUUGGGGGACAAAGGGGCCAGAGACGAAAAUGGAUCCAUUGCUUUGAGAAUGUGACAUCCGUCAUAUUUUUAGCCUCCCUCAGCGAGUAUGACCAACUGUUGGAGGAGAAUAACACGGAUAAUCGCAUGAAAGAGAGCUUGUCCCUCUUCUACACAACCAUCCACUCAAAAUGGUUCUGUAAUUCCUCCAUUAUCCUCUUCUUGAACAAACAAGACAUCCUGGCCGAAAAGAUUCAGAUCUCUGACUUGAGAGCAUAUUUUCCUGAAUUUAAAGGUAAACGGCGAGAUGCACUCGAUGCCAUGAAGUUCAUCAAACAGUUGUAUUAUCACGAGACAAUUUGUCGUGAGAACAAUAGCACCAAACGCAUCUACUGUCACUUCACCUGCGCCACAGACACCAACAAUAUCAGGAAAGUCUUCAGUGAUGUCAAAGACACUGUUCUCAUGAAAUCUAUACAAGAGUUCAUCUUUACCUGAAAGAUACUUCUGGACUAAAAGGUCUACAGUAUACAGUCAGAGUUUUAUUCUGGCCACGAUCAGCCCAUCUGAACAGAAUAGUGCUCAUUGUAUCAGCCUCACCUACCUUUAGUGGAAAAAUUACUUUUGCGGCAAAUUGACAAAAACUGUGAUUUUCUCUAUGAGGUUGCAAAAUGUAAGGCAAUUACAUUAGAGCUUGCCAGAUUAUCAAAGUGCUUUCUGGAUUUGCAUGUAAGAUACAGAGUGUUGGAAGGCCAUGGGUGUGAACUUUAGUUCCACUCAAGACUGAUGUUCAUCUCAAGUAUAUGAUUUCUAAAUCAAUGCAGAACAUUUGUAUGUGUAUGUAUGUAUGUAUGUAUGUAUGUAUGAAAAUGUUUCCCUUUAAUAUUUUAUAGAGUUAAAAGUUUUACUUUUGUAUAUUCAUUAACUUAGUAGCCUAAAUGUUUUAGUAUUUUUUUUAUAACAGAGCAUGCUUAACAUAAAUUGUGAAUGAAAAAAAUGCAUAGUUUUACUUUUUACUUUAAAGCAACACUAUGUAGUUUCCAUGUAAAAUGACUUACAGCUCCCCCAUGUGGUUGAAAAGCGCAACAGUGCAUGGUAUCAGAAACUCUUCUGCAGGCAGGGGGAGGGGCAGGGCUGUGUUUCCUACCCUCCACCGCCACUUUCAUAGUGUGCUUGUAGCAGCUAGGAGGCUGCUCAGGUUGCAGCAACAGUACAAUUUGUCGUUAAAGGUGCAGUGUGUACAUUUUAGUGGCAUCUAGUGGUGAGGUUGCAAAUUACAACCAACAGCUCAGUCCACUGCUCACCUCUCGUUUUUAAAACAUAUAGAGAAGCUACGGUAGCCGCCACCGGACAACCAUGUGUCAUCAUCGGAGACAACUUAGUAAAAAAGUUUGGGCUUCUGUAGAAACAUAGCGGCACAAAAUGGCGACUUCCAUGUAAGGGGACCCUCAUGUAUGUAGAUAAAAACGUCUUAUUCUAAGGUAAUAAAAACAUAACUGGUCAUUAUGAAAGGUCUUUAUACACCACUGAUAAUAUAGUUUUGUAUAUUAUUUAGCAUUUCUGUCAAGAAAUCCUUCUAAAAAUUACACAUUGCACCUUUAAAAGUUGUUCUAUCACUGAAAUAAUUUUAGAGACAUUAUUUAAAGGUUAAAAAAAACUACAUAGUGUUGCUUUAAUAUUCAAUUAAAUUAUUAAUCUGAGAACAAAUAUAUUCUAGAGACUAUAACAAGACAGAGAAUAAAUGUGACAUUGCACCAAAAAAAAAACAUAAGUAGCAUGUGCAUAUUUGUAGCUAGCCAAAAAAUACAUUGUAUGGGUCAACAUUAUAGAUUUUUUAUGCCAAACAUAGGAUAUUAUGUAAAUUAGAUAUUUUGUAAAUUUUA